AUGUUUGGAAGGAAGGACCAAGACCUUGAAAAAGGUCCUCAGGUGGCGAAGUCGACAUUGGACACCAGCAGCGAUGGUGCCGUGCCCGGGGAGACGUUUGUAUACGGUGAUUCACUGUAUGCGAAGCUCCAGCGGCUCGCAGGGAAGAUCAACAUCGAACAGCGUGGGAUUGAACGGGUACCACCAGAGGAGCAAACGGAUACGUCGUACUUCAAUAUUGGCAGCAUGUGGUUGGCGGCCAACAUGGUAGUCAGUUCCUUUGCCAUUGGUGUCCUCGGAAAAUCCCUCUUCGCGCUUGGUUUCGUCGAUGCCAUCCUAGUGAAUCUCUUCUUCAACCUGUUGGGCAUCAUGACUGUGGGAUUCUUUUCGUGCUUUGGCCCUCCUUUCGGCCUACGACAAAUGGUUCUCUCACGGUUCUGGUUCGGAUACUGGGGGACCAAGUUUAUUGCCUGCCUCAACGUUUUGGCCUGUAUUGGUUGGUCCGCUGCCAACGCAAUCGUUGGGGCUCAGCUCCUCCAUGCGGUCAACAACGACGUCCCAGGGUUUGCAGGUGUUAUAAUUAUCGCGUUCUGCACGUUUAUUAUCACUUUCGCCGGAUAUAAAGUCGUUCACAUGUACGAAUACUGGAGUUGGGUGCCCACAUUUAUCGUCUUCAUGAUCGUCUUCGGCACAUUUGCCCACUCCGGAGAUUUUGUGAAUAUCCCCAUGGGCGUCGGAAAAUCCGAACUGGGUAGCUGCCUUUCCUUUGGCUCAACUGUGUACGGAUUCGCCACUGGUUGGACCAGUUACGCAGCCGAUUACACGGUGUACCAACCCAGAGACCGCAGUCGCCGCAAGAUCUUCUUCUCAGCGUGGGCCGGUCUGAUCGUUCCUCUGAUAUUCACACAAUUCCUUGGAAUCGCCGUUAUGACCGCCACCAGUCUCAACGAUGGCGACAACAAGUACCAAGCUGGCUACACAGCUUCCGGAAACGGAGGUUUGCUCGCUGCUGUUCUCGAGCCUCUUGGGGGAUUCGGCAAGUUCUGUCUCGUGAUCCUUGCCCUUUCCAUUGUCGCCAACAACUGCCCCAACAUCUACUCCGUUUCCCUGACCCUCCAAGUUCUGAGCCGUUAUACCCAAAGAAUUCCUCGUUUCAUCUGGGUCUUCCUGGGUUCCUGCGCCUCAGUGGCCAUUGCCAUUCCAGGAUAUUCCCAUUUCGAGACUAUCCUGGAGAACUUCAUGAACAUCAUUGCUUAUUGGCUCGCUAUCUACUCCGGGAUUUCACUCACUGACCACUUCGUCUUCAAACGUGGCUUCGGUGGAUACCGCAUUGAGAUUUAUGACAAGCCCAACAAGCUUCCCCCAGGCAUUGCGGCUGCGGUUGCUUUCGGCUUCGGUAUCGCCGGUAUGGUCACUGGAAUGAGCCAGUCGUGGUGGAUCGGACCGAUUGCGAAACAUGCGGGUGCGCUACCCAGUGGUGGUGACGUCGGGUUCGAGUUAGCAUUUGUUUUUGCUUCGGUGUCCUAUAUCUUCUUGAGAACGGCUGAGUUGAAGGUGUUUGGUCGGUAA